GACACGCAGUCUUUCCCCGAACGUCUCUCCAAGGAGCGCAGUGAGAGAGGAGCUGCAGCUGGAUGUGAGAGGAAGAUUAUCCCUAAAUGUGAUGAAAAUAUUACAGCUGGUAUAAAAAUCUUCCGAGGGGGAGGAAAACAACAUUUAAAAAGCAGAAAAACUCCUUAAUCCUAAUUGUGCGGAGAUAAUAUCUUUUUUCUUCAUAAAAAAGGUGCUUUCAUCUAAGAUGUUGCGACAUUGCUCCCUCCUGUUAUUGCUUUGCGGAGCCCAGCUGCUCUCUAUCUCCUCUGCUUUGCCCUUUGAACAGAAGGGCUUUUGGGACUUUGCCCUGGACAGUCUGGAGAACGGCGGAAUGAUGACAAUGAUGAGGGAUCAGGAGGAAGGUUCGGCUAUAGAGGAGAUCCCCUCUCCUAGCGUGCCCACGUGUCCCUUUGGCUGCCACUGCCAGUACCGGGUGGUCCAGUGCUCUGAUCUCGGUUUGAGAGAAGUUCCAAAGAAUAUUCCUUCAGACACCAGGCUCCUGGACUUGCAGAACAACCAUAUCACUGAGCUAAAAGAAAAUGACUUCAAGGGUCUUACUAACUUAUACGCACUAUCUGUGAGGAAUAACAGGAUUUCCAAAGUCCACCCCAAAGCAUUUGCUCCUUUGAAGAACAUGAAAAAGCUGUACUUCUCAAAGAAUCUGCUCACCACCAUCCCGAAAAACCUGCCUGCCUCUCUGGUUGAGCUCAGGAUUCAUGAAAACCAGAUCAAGAAGGUGGCAGCUGGAACCUUCAAGGGACUGGGCAACAUGCACUGCAUAGAAAUGGGAGCUAACCCUAUCCAGAACAGUGGUUUUGAGCCUGGUGCCUUUAAAGGCCUGAAACUGAAUUAUCUGCGCAUAUCAGAGGCCAAGCUAACUGGAGUGCCUAAAGAUCUUCCAGAGAGCCUUCAUGAGCUUUAUCUGGACCACAAUCAGAUCCAGGCAGUGGAACUGGAGGACCUGAGCCGCUACAAAAAUCUUAACAGAUUGGGUCUUGGUUUUAAUCACAUUCGCAACAUAGAGAAGGGCAGUUUGUCCUUUUUGCCUAUGCUGAGGGAGCUGCACCUGGACAACAACCGCCUCACAAGUGUACCCCAAGGCCUCGCCAGCUUGAAGUACCUACAGGUGGUGUACCUCCAUUCCAACAACAUACGUCAGGUGGGCGUGGAUGACUUCUGUCCCAGAGGAUUCGGAAUGAAGAGGACCUACUAUAAUGGCAUCAGCCUGUUUGACAACCCUGUAAACUACUGGGAAGUGCAGCCAGCAACGUUCCGCUGUGUCAACGACCGGUUUGCCAUUCAGUUUGGAAAUUACAAGAAAUAAAACCAACAGAGAUGAUCGGCGAAACAAUGAGGGGGAUGUGUUAUGAGAAAGAGAAUAGGAGGAAAAGAAUCAACUAAUGUCUAAAACUUGAGAUGAAAUGAAAGGAGUUUAUGUCUGAGAUUAUUGACUUUAUAGCUGUUUACUUUUGUGAUGAAAUCGAGCAAUGGAGAUGGGUAAUAAACCGGUGGAGAAGAAAGCAAAGUGAAAUGCAUAAUCCCAGAACUUGAAAUAGGUAGAUGGCAUAAUCUGUGCAAAACUGCAUCUGGUUUUGCAAUUUUAGAUUGUGGUUUAUGAAAGGUAUUUUCCAUCUAAGUCAGUGUAAAGAGUGCUGAAAACAUGUGAAACAUUUCAGUACAUUUUCUUCACAGUAGUUGUUAUUGUGACUUAGGUCCUUCUGUUAUUUUAUUUGGUAAGGAAUAUUAGUAAAACUUUGAAAAGCAAUGCAUUUUUGAAUGUUUUUAUAUAUAAAAAGGUGCUUAAUGCCUUCCUCUUUGUGCCUAUUUAAAAACAAAAAUCACAUUGUUCCCUUUUUACUGAUUUCACAGAUUUACUGUAUACUGGUCAUGAACUCUGUAAUAUUGACCUAACAAAAUUGAGUAAUUUUACACUUAUAAACAGUAAAAAUUUAAAAGUGAAUAAGUUUACUGCACAUUGUAGGAGCUGAAAUAUUUAAUACAAAUGUAUUACUGAGUUAAUUCUGUGCCUUUUAUUAAAUAUAGUCCAAGUCUGUC